AUAUCAUCCAUUUUUCAUAAAGUGAUGAAGUGCAAAAAUAUCAAAUAUAUCUUACGAUCUGAAAAAAACACUUAUUGUUCAUUAAAAUUAUAUAUAAACAAUUGAAAAAUCUUUAGAAAUGUCUAUAGAUUGAAUUUAUUUCAAAUAUUCAAUUGGAAAAUCUAGAAAAAAUAGUAAAGAAUUGAAACAACGCAGCAGCUAUUUGAGAGCAGCUGAAUUUCUUUCACAUUCACACAAUGGAAAUCGAGUCUCACGUCGUCGUUGUCGUCGUCUCUUGACUCAUUUUUUCAUCGAAUCGAAAAUAAAGGAAUAAAAAAGCGAAAGAAACUGAAAAGAAUUUGUUUAAAAAACGAAAACGUGUGUGUUUAAACAAACCAUAAAGAAAUAAAAAUUUACAAUAAAUCGCACGCAACAGAAAAAUCUACUAAUUUCUCCAAAUAGAAACGCAAAAAUAAAAAAAAACAAUCUGGAACUUAUUUUUGCGAAAUAAACAUUUGGUAUUAAACAUGAACGACAACGAAACUGGACUGUUUCGUGGUUUAGCUGCGAUGGAAAUUUCUGGUGGCCGUGACCCCAAGGAGACUUAUCGCUCCUUGUAUAUGGUCACAAAACAAUUGGACGAUGAGAAAAAAUCCAUUGUUUCAAUGUCACAACUCUUCGAUCAUGACAUCGAAGAUAAACGUUCACAGUUGGUCCAACUGUGCAAGGCCAUAUUAUUUAAAGACUUUCAAGCUGUUGGCAAAAAAGCUCGUGAAAUACUCUGGCGCAAAGGUUACUACGAAUUUAUUGCUUUCGUAAAGAAAAACUGGAAUAAAGAACAAAAAGAAGAAACUGCCCAAGAGAAUUUCCAAAAACUAGAAAAGUUUUUAUUUAGCGGAAUUGCCAAUUAUAAAAGGAUUGCUUCAAAAAUGGAAGAAAUCUACGAUUUGGAUUUAAAGUUUUUACUUAAUUUCAAUGUCUUUACUGAAGGAGUUGAUGGAUGUGAUUAUAGAAAGAUCACUACCACCAUUGAUGGUGAGGAAAUUAUCGACGAUUUCGUUGUUGAUAAGAGUCUUGAGGCGGUCAGUUUCGCCUUGGAUACUAUACACUCGGCAUUGCUUUCGUUGGGUGAUUUACAUCGUUACUUUCUUGAUUUCAAAAUUGAUUCCAAGCCAAAAAUAACAAAGAAAAUGGCAGCAAAAUUUUAUUAUGAAGCAUUCAAGUUGAAUCCAGCUAUUGGAAUGUCCCAAAAUCAAUUGGGAACUCUUUUCUAUGGUCAGAAUUACGAUCUAGAUUCGAUCUAUCAUUAUUUGUAUUCACUGGUUUGCAUUGUACCCUUUGAAUUGAGCGAGAAUAAUGUCUGCAAACUGUUUCAAGCUCAUGCUGAUUAUCUUGAGAAAUUAGACCCCAAUAAGGUUGAGUUUAAUCUCAAGGAUUUCUAUGCCCGUUUCUAUCUGAUUGUGGAUAUAUUCUUCUUCGAUAAGGAAGUCCCUGAUUUUAACAGUCUAUGUCACUGUGUCUUGGUGGAUCUAAGAAAGAUUCUAUGUUCGAAGAGUAUCAACAUUACCGAAGCAAGUGUCUUCAAAAUUGUCAAUAUACUCUUCUUCUGCUUGUCCAAAUUAAAGAUGAUCAAUUCACAGAAAGUGUAUUCCUUGAAUGCUUUCUUGGUUGCCGUUUGUUCUGAUCUCAUGGAUGCAUGCAUUGUGAAUUUGGAACAAGAAGUUCUAUCAAAAUCGAAAGAAAACGAAGAAUUCCACGAAAUGUAUGCUAAAAGAUUCGAAGAAUUCGAUAUGUCAGUGCGAAAGAGUCGCAAUGAAUUCAAGAAUUGGAUGGCAACAAUGGGUGAGACAGAGAAGAAAAUAAAACCUCCAUCAGAUACCGAUGAACAAGAGGAAAUCAAUGGCAAGCGAGAGAUAAAAACAUCCGUAGUUGUGUCGAAAAAAGACAAUGAUGAAAAGAACCCACAAAACUCGACUCGCAGUAGUGACGAGGCCAAAGAGUCCGAUUUAAAGACACCAUUGUCAAGUAAGAGCAAGAAAAAAGGCAUGAAAUUACGUCGUCGUCGCAGGAAAAUCGCCCAAAGUGACGAUAGCAGUUGCUAUGACACAGAAUCCGACAUGGAUACCGAUUUCUCUUCCGAGGAAGAUGAAUACUCUGACUUGAGUUCGAAUUUCGAAAGCGAUUUCAGUGAUAUUGAAGAUGGAGUAGCAGUACCAAAUGAUAAAGAAAUCAAACAGAAAACAGAAGAAUCUGAAGAUGAUGAGUUGGAAAAUAGAAAUUAUCCAACAUUUUCCGAUAACGAAGAUAUUGUUAUCGAAGAGGAAAAGAUUAUUUAUCCUGGAGCUGAUUUGUCUCAGGAAGUUGACAGUGAGGAACUCCUUAAGGGCUUUGAGAUUCUCAAUCUGAAUAGUGCUUCUUUGGGAGCAAUCAAUUUCAAAUCUGAUAUUGAAGAAGAGGUCAAAACUGGAGCAGAUCCACCAAAAAAAUUGGUCUAUCGAAAUAAAUACACCAAAAUUGAUCCAAAUAUCAUUGUGGAUUUUGUUCAAACAGAACCAACAAUGCGUGCUCUAAAGAUUCUGUUUGAUUGGCUUAAAAUUAACCAAGAAAUACUCUUUGGAUGCUAUCAUUCAAAUCCAGAGUUUAUACAUAAAAUCAUGAAACUCUUGAAUUAUUGCAACAUUGAUAUUUUCACUAGAAAGGUCUUUUUCGAAAGAGAAUUCUUAUUGAGCUCAAAUGUCCGUGAGCCUUUGAGUGAGCUGUUUGAUGUCCGUUCGGCAGUUCCUCUAUCUGAAGAUUUUGUUCUAAAGAACUUUGAUUUGUUCCAGAGCACACAGAUGCAGUUGGAUUGGGAGACAACUAUUCGUGAGAAAAUAACUUCGAACGAGGAGAAUAUAUUAAGAAUCUUCAAAAUGGUUGAUUUUGGAUUCUUUAUUUGCAAACAAAAGAAAUUCAAUUAUAGAUUCUGUGUUAAGUCUAGAAAAUUCACAGAGAAUGUCAAGAAGAAGAGGGAAGAGAAGAAAGUCUCUUCGUCUCGUCGAAGGGAGCGUAGAUCAGCUAAGAAUUCGAGAAAACGCGUUGAAGGACGCACUCGUCGUUAUAGUGAUCGUAAGAAUGGUAUAGUUAGGAAAAGUUAUACCAGCAACGAGGAGAAAGACACUGUCGAAGAGUGCAAACGAAUGCCCAGAAAGGGCUACUUGAGAAAUCGAAAUGCUGGUGAGAAAAUUGAGAAACUCCAAUCGAGCAGUGGUGCGGAUGAGGAACGCAGUGAAGCCCAAAAAAAUGAAGUCAAUAAGAAAUGCGAGAUAAUGGGAAAAUUAUGGCUUAAAAAUGAAGUUGAGACUUUGGAAGAAGAGCUUCGCAAAAAUCCAUUAAAUAUGAUUAUGACACCGUUUGUUGUUGUCGACGCAAAGGCGCUCACUGAAUACACAGGCAUUGUAAAGAAUUUGGUCAAAAGCAAGAAGUUUAUUGUUUUGAUUCCAAAUGCAGUUUUUAAUGAAUUGGACGAUUUAAAGAAGCGCAGCGAAAAUGCCAGGAAUGUUAUUCGUUGGCUAGAGCAGGAAUUUACUCAUGGCAACAGGCAUAUGCGUGCCCAGAGGGAUAAUGAGAACAUGACUUUCUCGUUGGUUAAAAUUCCAAGGAAGCUCGAUCGCGAGGCAACAGUCUUCGUACAAAUUGCUCAAUUCUGCAAUCAUCUUGUUGCCAAUCACACCGAUCCCAAUUCAACUGAAUUCCAAUCGAAUGUGGUAACAUAUCUCUCUGGUGAUAAUCUCCAUGAGAAACGUCAUACAAAUUUCAGUUUCACUGGCAUCUUAGACGCCAUACCAGUGCGUCAUGAUCAAAUUGCCAAUUUCUAUGCUAAAUUCAAAAUGAACAAAAAAUGAACAAUGCCUACAACGGAGGAACAAGAAAUAAAACAACAACGAAAUCAAUCCAUCAAUGACGAAGAACAUACGAAGAGAGAAGAUUUCACCAGAAUUUUUAAGGCGAAACGUUUUGAAGAAAAAAAUAAUACCGAAUUGCGCAUGCGUGUUCAUUUCAAAACAACAACAAAUCAAAAAAAAACACCACCACCACCAAAAACAACAACAACUUCAAAAACAACAUGCAGAGGGCAAGCGUAUAUAGUAAAUACAUGUUACAACAAAAAAACAACCUUAAUCAACAAAAACAAUUCAGCAUACCGACAAACAUUUCAUGUGUCCAUACAAUAAACAAAUUUUUGUUUUAUAAGAAAAAAAAAGAUAAAAGAGCAAGAAUAGGUAGAGAGUGAAGCAGCUUAAGUGGAAUCGUUUGUUGGCGAUUGGUGGUGCUGCUCCCCCUCCCACUCACGACUCACGGUUGUAAAACAAAAAUUUUUACCAUUCAAACAGUCAAAAAAUCUUAGGAAAAAAAACAACUCAUGCAAAUUGUUCUUGUUUACAUUACAGCAAAAAAAAAAAAAAAAAAAAAUAUUAUAAUUUUCAAAAACAUAUUCAUUAAACAAAAAUUCAAAACAAAAUAGCAAAAUUUCAAAAACACGAGCAGACGAAAAGAUUAGAGGAAUAUACAAAACCCCCCAAAAGAAACAUCGCGCAAUUCGAUGAGGAAAAAUGCGAAAUUGUUUCCAAAAUUUGUUCUUUAAAUUGUGGUUUUAUCGUGUAUUCGCGCGUCUUCCCCGAGCUUGAGUUUGUUCUAUUAUGCUAACCUAUUUGCUUACAAAAAAAAAAAAGAAUUUUCGGCGAAAACUGUUUUUAUAUGAAAAGCAAAAUUGGAAAAAAAAAUCUAAAAAAUAAACAACACAAAUAAAAAACCUAAAACUUCAUGGGUCUUGAUUGAUUUCUUUGUAAAGAAAAUGGAGUAGAUGAUGAAAAAGAGGAAGAAGAUGAAUUAAAACAAACUCUUCUCAUGCGGAAACAAAAAACAAAAAAAAAAAUCAUACAAAAAUAUUCUUAUCUCCUUCUAUUAAACAGCUUAGUAGACGUUUUAUUGCUUUAAAUUUAGUUUGUCCCUAAGUUUUCACUUUAAAAAAGCUUGCAUUUUCUUUUAAAUUCAAUAAAUUAAAAUAAAUUUUCUUUUAAUAACAAAAAAAAAA